GCUCUCGGUGGACAUGAUGGACACGGGCUCACAGCAAAAACGUAAGAGGGCAAGUCGAAAGAACACCCCGAAACGGUUCAGAUGUGAAUAUGAGGGUUGCACAAAGCCAAAACAAUUGUUCCAAUGCCAGGUUGAAGGUUGUGAUCAGACCUUCGUGCGUCUUGACCUUUGCAUGAGGCACCAAGCCAGACACGACGAAGUCUCAAGAGCGACGGUACACAAUGUUGGUGCGGUGGUUUUCGAAAAUACGAGUAACACUGGUUUGAUAGACCAUGUUCAAGAAGUGAAUUCGAGUUUUCAUCAAGAGGCUGGUACAGCUGUGACCUAUGGCCCUCCAACAGAUGCGAUCAACGCCACAGAUUCGCAUCUGAACAUAUCACCGGGCGUGGAAACAGGAAUACCCGGCUGGAUGCAGGACCAGAUACUGGAGAACCAUGCUGGAUCUGUAACAACUUCUUAUCAACCUGGGAACGGCAACUUUGUGUCUUGGUUGUUUGAUAGCCCUGGUUCUCAGCAGCAGAAUUUCGAUCUAUCAAACUAUCUACCCUACGUAGACUUUGGUCUUGAUUACUGCUCUCCCAUGAACGACCUUUGGCAGUUUGACUCCAACCAGGGUACUAUCAACGCUUCUGUCGGAAACUCAUUGGCUGCACCAACAGUGGCUGAUACGUUGUGUGAGAUCCCUGGCGAUCGCUGCUUGAAUAGUCAUGUGCGUGUGUCUACCAAGUGUAGAUCCAGGAUCGUUCAGAGCAUCAAUUCGUUUCUGGAGAAGAAACGCCCACCAGGGCUGCAAGAAGCUGUUGGAAAUGAGGGGUUGUUGUUCAGUACUGACGGAAAAGACCUACCAAACUUGACAAGGAAAGUUCUGGAAAACUGCUUAUCUAGCUUCUGGUCGUACGUGGCAGUUCAGCUGCCUGUCAUCCACCAACAAACUUUCUCGAGUGACGACUGCCAAAUGCUGCUUCUUCUCGCGAUACUCAUGCUGGGUGCGGGCCAAGUUGUGCGUCUAAACCCAAUCAGAACACGAAACGACUAUCGCGCUCUUGCCGACCUCUUAGCGAUCAAUCUUCGAUGGGAUAUCUUUCCAGAAGCUGAACCUCCCAUAACACUGUGGGUAGCUCAGGCACUCUUGUUGCUUGAGUUCUACGAGAAAAUGUUCUCAUCCCGUCGCCUUCACGAGCGCGCAUACAUUCAUCACGCUUCGACUCUAGCUUUGCUACGGCGUGGCAGUCCCAUGGUCGGCCAUGCUGAGGAUGAAGAGCCUCCAACGCGGUGCCCCUCGCCUGGGACGACUCCACAACAUAUAACUGGAACUUCAAAACAACUCAGCUGGUUUCAACGCUGGGCGCGUAACGAGUCAUGGCACCGUGUCGUCUUUGCGGCUUUGCAUAUGGAUACUCUGCACGCUGUGGCUUUUGGACAUGAAAGUUCGCUUCUGCCAUACGAGGUUCGACUUCCACUGCCGUGUGAUGAUUCAAUAUGGUCUGCCCAGAGUCCUGAGGAUGUCUGGAGAUUAGAGGAGACAUUCUCAAUGCACGGCAUCAGUCAGCAACUCUUCCUUGACAGUUUGAAAAGAUGCCUGCACGGACACGAGGUACACUCGAACCACGGCGCUCGCAUCAUCCUUGGUUCUGGCCUUCUGAAUAUUGGCUGGCAGUUGAGGCGCAGAGAAAGAAACCAGCAGUUCUUGGAGUCGAUUCCAUCAGCUCGUGAACAAGAGCGGUGGCGAGUCCUGCUUCUCGAUGCGUAUACCCAUUGGUGUCAAAGCUUUCAGAAGGCGCUUGAAAAGUCCAAAACGCAUAGUCGGAAGCUUGAAAACAUCAGGGACGUGGUGACCAAUCCAGCAAUUAUCUAUCGUCUGGCAUAUAUCACCUCACAUGUUGAUAUUCUGGAUGCUCAGGUAUAUGCAGGCUCGAAGCGUUUACUCGGCCGCAAGAUAACUGAUAAGGAUUAUCUCGGCUGCUCAACAAGAAUGCACAGUUGGGCUACAACCAGCUCGGCCAGAUUGGCUGUCGUCCACGCUUUCGAGCUGCUCAACGAGACUCUGGUAAAUGCGGACUCGAGGAUCAUGACACAGACGCCUGAGCAAGUCACGGCGACACACUAUACUUGCCGCGCUGAUGCGGCUAUUUAUCGCCCUUGGGUCUUGUAUCUGGCUGCGUUGACGAUAUGGUCGUAUCAGUAUGCAUUAAGGACCGCAACCAUCGCAUCGCAAACAGCAUCAGGUCCAGAUCGAGUUUUGUCUCAAAGUGUUGCCUGCGACUACAUUCGAAGGUGUGCUCAAUCGGAGAUCGACAGUUUUCCUAAUCAGUUGUCUGCCCAGGGUUGUGGUGCAAUAUGCAAGCUUCUGGCUGAAGACUUUGCCUACUCGGAAUGGGAGCUGCUGUUGGAAGCCUCCAAGAUACUCGAUUCGUGUGCAAUCGUGAUCCUGGACAGAAGU